AAUUGAAUGUUGUAAACAAAGCAUCAGGGCCUAACGGAUACAUGUGUACUGAGCACCAACUGGACCCAGUGCCCUCCAGUGUGGCAUGGGCCGGGGGAGAGGGGCGUGGAAACCCCACAGAAGAGGGUGCGGAGUCCCUGGGAGGAGGGCUUGGAGAGACCCCGGGGUGGGGGGAAAGGGCUUGGAGAGCCCCGGGAGGAGGACUUGGAUACCCCCGGGAGGUGGGCUUGGAGACUCCGGGAGAGCACGCACGGCGGAGCGAGGACACACUUCAGACGAAGGCUUGGAGGCUCGUCGGGUUCCGCGGAAGGCACGGGAGGAGGAGGGGGCAGGCAAGGGCGGGUGCGCCGCGGAUGCGCAUGGGUCCCCGUUCCGCCCCGCUCGGCGCUCGGCCUCCGAUUGCUCAGGCCUGGCCACCAGACCGGAGGUCGACGGCGGAACGCGUCGCUCCGCGUCCCCGGCUGCGCUGGUCUCGCGCUACCUCUCGCGGCGCUCGUCCCGGGCUCGCGGCGGAUCCCGCGUUCGACCCGGCUCCGCGGCGGCCUGGCCAAUGGCACCUCAGAGGAGGGGCGCUCCCAAGGCGCCCGAGGGCAGCGGGGCAGCGGAGCGCCGGCGCCCGAGCAGCACCAAGAGUGUCCGGGCACCUCGGGAUGUGUGGAAGAAGUGGCUGAGAGUUGCCGUCCUGGGGGCCUGCACCACGCUCGUCGCGCUCCUGCUCUGGGGCAGUCUGGGGGGUGAUGACAGCAUCACUGAGGUCCUAGCUCAUCGAAGUGAGGUCCUGCCAGGCAGGUUCAUCGAGGUGCCCUGCUCCGAGGACUAUGACAGUCACCAAAGGUUUGAAGGCUGCUCCCCGAGGAAGUGUGGCCGGGGCGUCAGCGAUGCCAUCAUCACCAGGGACGAAGCCCGGAGGAUUCGCAGCAUAGCCGAGAAGGGGCUGUCCCUGGGAGGAUCUGACGGAGGGGCGUCUAUCCUGGACCUGCACUCGGGGGCCUUGUCUGUCGGGAAGCACUUUGUGAACCUGUACAGAUACUUUGGGGAUAAAAUACAAACUAUCUUCUCAGAAGAGGACUUCCAGUUGUACCGGGACCUGCGGCAGAAGGUCCAGCUGGCAAUCGCCCAGGCAUUUGGCAUCAGCGCGUCCUUGCUGCACCUGACGAAGCCCACCUUCUUCUCCCGCAUCAACAGCACGGCGGCCCGCACGGCUCAUGACGAGUACUGGCACGCGCACGUGGACAAGAUGCAGAGCUGUCUCCACCUGAGCUGUGAGCUUCAUCGGAUGUCACCUGACCCGGCCUUGAUUGACCUGGCCUUUCUGUCGUGUGGUCUCCCCUCGGGCCUGCGUCCCGCACCCUGCCCAGGAGGCCCCCUUCUCCCCACUUUUCACCUUUUCUUGGGAAGAUCUCUCGACCACUCCAGAUUCUGCAGAUUCCCCUUCCUUGAUCUCUUGUUGUUCCCUAGACACAGUGGCACCUAAUCAAUCAGUGGUCCUGAUCAGCCACAACUGAAGCCCUGUCCCGCCUGCACUGCAGCCACUGCCCUGCCCCACUCAGCCAGCACACGCAGCGUGGCGCCAGGGGACAGUUGGCCGCGGAAACGUCUGAGGGCUGUUGGCGGUCACCCCAGCCGCGGGUGUGCUCAGGUGACCCAGAUAAUCUCUGUGUCGCUUGACCCUGGAACAAAGGAAGCGAAGUGAAAAAUAAGCAGAGGGUUUGGGCAGAAGCUCGCAGAUUGGGCUUCUGCCUGAAAUUCAGUCAGACAUUCAUGUGUUUAUAAUAAUCUCGACUGAGCUCGAUGGAGGAGGGGAGCACUUAAAUGUGGUUAGUGAGAUUGAGGAACCCAGUAUUUAAUUAAAUUAACUUAAAUUGAAGUAGCUUUAUGUGGCCAGUGGCUUGUCUGAGCCAGAGCAGCUCGGGUUAGAAGUGUGGGCUUCGCCCUAAGGAGGCGUACAGGGUGUGCUUGUUCUCUUCCCGUGUGCUUAAGGUUGAUCAGUGGGUUCGGACUGAUGCAUCCACGAUCAGGCUUCCUGUCUGCCCUCACUUCAUGGCUCUAGCAGCCAUUGACCCAUUGAUAACCAUUGCCCAGGUGCAUUAUUUCAUUAGGGGACCAGGACCGAGACCUUCAGUAUAAGAUCGUCGUAGAUAUUGCAGAGGGAAAAACAGGGUUUUAUGGGGUUGAGGGCAAAGACGACGUGUGUGGAGAACAGACAGGUUUGCACAGCAAGGAGCCUCAUGCGUGGGACGGAGUCCAGAGAAUUUCCCUGCAACGAAGGAAGAGCAGCCCUCCAUGUACCGGGAAGUGUGGGUUCAGGAAAGACAACACUGAAUGUAGCCUGGUUUGGUGAUCCAACUUCAAAGGAAGAAAGAUAAGGAAGAAAUUCUUCAGGCAGAGAAAACGAGUUAACAGUGACAAGUGGGGUAGCCUCAGACAUCUCAGAGCCAGGAGGCCUCAGGACAGGGUCUACAGGACCAGGGUGGCUAUCACAGCCAAGGGGUCACUCACACAUGGACACAGCAAAGAGACAUCCUCGCACGAGGGGACUCCAUGCAUCUGCUCCUUGCCUUGAGGCUCUCCAGCCUCUAGCUCAGGACAGCUCAGGCCCUGCCGGCCUCUGCCAUCCCCGUCACCUGCCAUAACCUGCCUCCUUCCCAGAUCACUGUGUUCAUGUGGGUUUGGGGUGGUUCCUUUGCAGAAUCUGAGCUGGGUGGGUAGGAGAGGGUCAGGCUCCUGGACACCCCCCGCCCCCGGGUCUCUUUUAUGUUUUAUGCAGGUAGUGGACAUGAGGUUCACUGCUGAAGUGAUUCAGAAGCACUGCCCUGGGCUGUUCUCAGGUUUAGGUCACUUUGAUGUUUGUUUGGUGCCCUGAUGCUGGAUAAGGGGCCCCUAAAUGGGGUCUUGGUGGGGGAGGUGGAGGGAGCUCAGGUCUGUGUAGAAAGUCCAGUCCCACAGAUGGCGUGGUACUGAGUUCAUGAGAAGGUGACGGGGACUCAGUCACCUUGGCAGGCUUGCUGCCUCUCCCUCCUGGUCAGCCUACCCUCUCUCAGGAGAUGACCACUGUCAUGGUGAUGGUGGUCUAGCUGCUUGCAGGGGGAGCGGGGCUUUUGGACUUUUUGAGCCUUGAUCAAAUGUGUUAUGGAUAUUGACCUGGGGCUUCUGUGUACUGCUCCCAUGGUGCCUACAGGUGUCAGUAAAAUCAUUUAAGAAUCCAUCCUUAAACACAGCAGCUCAGAUAACAGGAGCCUGGGGCUGUGCGAUAGGGAUAGGGCACUGGUAGGAUGACUUUGGGCUGCUGUCCUUGGACUCUUUCAUUCUUCCUUAUCUCUUACCCCAGUCUUGCUAAUUGAAUGAUUCCUCAGGCUCGGAGCUGUUAUCAUGUGAUUAAAAUUCCUUGUACAUGCAAGUCACUAUCUUUGCGUGGAAUAGCCUAUCUCACUGAUUCCCUCUAUUAAGUAGGUGCUAAUUUGUGUGAGUUCUUAUGUCCUUGGAAACAACACCUGCUUCGCACAUUACAGACAACAAACUCCUCUAUCUCACAUUGAAAUCAAGUUCUUCAUAUGGCACCCCUUACCUAUAAUAAGUCCUGAAGAUCCACAGAUGGGACAACUAUCUGGCCAUCUUCCCUCCCGGACUUCAAGGGGUCCUUGGGAAACAAAUGAUAGUGCCUCCUGUUUACAUUAUACCCAGGCCCAGAGGGUCCACGCUCCUAUGAGCCCAGAGCACAGAUUUCACCCCCCAUCCCCUGCUUUCCACCGCCCACGCCGUCUUCCAAAAGAACGUCCACGCAAAGAGGGCCAGACAGGAAAAGACAGACAGCGUAGCGUGGGCACUGGGUGGUGGUGGUGGGGAGUUAGUGUUUAAUGGGAACAGAGUUUCAGUUUGGGAGGACGAAGAGUUCUGGCGAUGGUCGGCGGGGGUGGGUGCACAACAGUGUGAAUGUGCUUAGUGCCCCUGAGCUGUGCACUCAAUGAUGGGUAAAGUGGUAAAUUGUAUGGUUUGUGUAUUUUACCACAAUUUAAAAGAAAGCCUGGG